AGGUCUUGCAAGAAUAUGGGCAUGUAAUGCAAAACUAUAUAUUUUCGUUUAUUGAUUUCCUUGUGAAUUUGCAGAAACAAAAUCAAACAUGACUACGCACCGAAAUCCCUUCAAACCUCAAACUCUUUUCCUCGUUUUAUUUGCAUUAGUUCCUUUGAUUUGCAUGGUCAUAGCCGAUUCCACUGUCGAACCCCUUGUUUCUCACGCUUUCUCUUCUGCUGAAGUUCAUAUCAUCUACACUGAGAAGCCCAACGACGAGGACAUUGAAGCUUUCCACAUCCAAAUCCUCUCCGCUGUUCUUGGCAGUGAGGAGGCAGCAAAGAAGGCUAUGUUGUAUAGUUACAAGUCUGCAGCUUGUGCAUUCUCCGCUAAGCUUACUCCGGAGCAGGUUGCUCAGAUAUCAAAGCUACCAGGUGUUCGUCAAGUUGUUCCUAGCCGGAUGUAUCUGCUCAAUUCAGGAUCAGAUGGUCCGCAGUAGAGGAUGUUCUGUAUGGGUUUCAUACUGUUGUCUAUUACCAUGUAUAAUUUGGCCAAGCCUAC